ACAGAUCACACCACGUUUCUGAAGAAAAUCGACCGCAGUAGGUUUCAGUUUGACUCAGAGCUGCUAGAGUCAGACCUCAAUAAGACUGGCAAGAAUGUGAGAUGAUUGUGUUUUCAUCCAAUAGUCUCAUUAGAUCAGAGUUUUCACUGAACUACUGGAGAAAAUGUUUCACAUGUUUGCCUUGUUCUGUUUGUGCUGGUGGAGUCUGAUUGGUGAGUUAUUAAUAUAUCUAUAUAUACCUAUCUGUUUAAGAGCAAUAAAGCUUAUUUUUUGCAUUUGCUAUUUUUCCCAGGUAAUUUAAUUCAAGCAGAUGGAUUCAGGUCCAUCUUUCAGUGAGCCCAUAAUGUCCCAUAUAUAAAGCUAAUCUUUUCAUUUUUUAAAUCUCUGUUGUUGUUCCAAUGUUCUUCAAAUCACAUUUGGUUACAAAUUCAAUCCAAUUUCAGACUUUGUAAACAAGAAAGAGCAUUAAUCAGUGACAAAACCUCUUCAUGUUCUCCAGGUGUGUUUGGUGAUUCAGUGUCAGUGAUGGAGGGAGAUUCUGUCACUUUAUACACUGAUCUUACUGAAAUACAUGAAGAUGACGACAUACUGUGGAGAUUUGGAGCUGAAAACUCUCUGAUAGCUGAAAUCAGUAGAGCUGCUGGAAUCUUCUCCAUAUAUGAUGAUGUUCCUGAUGGGAGAUUCAGAGACAGACUGAAGCUGGACGAUCAAACUGGAUCUCUGACCAUCACAAACAUCACAACUGAACAUGCUGGAGUUUAUAAACUACAGAUAAGUGGACUGAAACUGACAUCAAAAACAUUCAGUGUUUCUGUCUAUGCUCUCCUGCCCACUCUUAACAUUACUAGAGACUGUUCAUCUUCAUCAUCAUCAAAUUGUUCAUUGGUGUGUUCAGCUGUGAAUGUGAGUCAUGUGACUCUCUCCUGGUACAAAGGAAACAGUUUAUUGUCCAGCAUCAGUGUGUCUGAUCUCAGCAUCAGUCUCUCUCUACCUCUGGAGGUGGAAUAUCAGGAUAAAAACACCUACAGCUGUGUGCUGAACAAUCCCAUCAGCAACCAAACCAAACAUCUGGAUAUCACUCACCUCUGUCACACAUGUGCAGAUCAAGGCCUACCAUUAUUGUACAUAGUGCUGAUCUCUGCUGGAUCUCUGUUGAUUGUAGCUGUAGCUGUGAUGUGCUGCAUCUGCAGGAGAUGUAGAAAAACAGUCCAGACACAAGAGGAAGACAGAGCUGCUUCAGCAUUGUGUAAACCAACAACACGAACAAAGAAAUCGAAGACGGAGGCCGUGUAUGAAAAUGUUCCCAAAAAACGCUGAUUACUGAAUCUACCAGAAUUGAUGUUCAUACUGGACAACACCUCACACCUUUUAGUUUUCUUCACAUUUAUUCUCAGCCAGGACGUUUUCUUCUGUCUCUGUUUUGUUUAUGAUCUUUGUACUACAUCUUUUGAUUUUGAUCCAUUUUUGCACAUGCUCUGUAGCCUAUUAGUUUUAUUUAGUGGUUCAUAAAUAUCACAGCACUGAAUCUCAAAUAAAUAUUUUUAGUAUAAUAUGGCCUAUAUAUUUCAUUAAAAUAUUGUUCCCAUUUACUGCUCUUUUUUUUUUCUCGUUAGUAUGAUCUGCUGGACAUUUUGUCAGAUAUAUCACAAGCACAUUAUCGCUCUCUAGCGUCCAAAGCAGAAAUUACAUCUCUUUAAGAACAGCGCUAAUUUUACCCGAUACAGUGAGCUAUAAAUAGAUGCUGCUGUGCUUAUAAUGACCUGCAAAAUAACCAAACAGUCACAGGACCAAAACUAAGACACACUGACUUUUCACUGAUCUAGAAAAUCAAUGAUUGAUUUUAGGGUUGAUAUUAUAUAUACAGCAUACUACAAUUUACUAGUAUUUUUUUCAUGUGGGUAAAAGGACAGAAGAAAAAGACGGUAAAUUUACAGUCAUUCCCUCAGCCUAUUACAAACACCAUCACAGCAGUUUAAUAGUUUGAUGUAAUUUAAUGAAAAUAUAAAAUUACAUAGUGCUAUAAAUGUACAUUUUGUUAACUGUGAAAGUCUGUGAAUGCCCUUCAGAGGCUUUUUUUUUUUGUCUCAUUGGAGACGGUAGGUGCACUAAAAUUGAAUCUUUGAGUGUAUUUUUUCCAACAUUUGUUACCAUUACAGGUAAAACAUGAGAAUUAUUGAGUAAGCCAGAUUAUAACUUAACAUGAAUUUUGGAAAACACUUAUCCAGGCCAGGUCACUUCUCAGUUUCUCCAGAAAAAAAGACCAAGGUUAACUCACAUGUGCUUCAAGAGUUAUUUUGCUCAGAUUCACCAAGAUACCAAAGUCUGCAAUCAAGAGCCCGAGAUCUCAAACAUGAACUCAAACUAACUGGACCCUGCAGUGGUUUUCCUCUUUGUGCUAUCUGUACAGAAAUGUGGUUUGAUCUGUUGGGUGGAUAAACAGCUUCUGCUGAAUUUGCUGAAUUUGUCGUCUCAGUGUGUAUCAGUGGUUUGUGAUUGAAGCGUUUCUUAGUUUUCUCUCCUGCUAAUAAGAAGCUCACAAUCUUCCACUUUACACUGAAAUAAACUGCAGUCAAGAGUCAGAGGUCAAACAGGACUGACGCUCACAACACUAAAUAACACAGAUAUCAAAUCCAACACUCAUGCAACAUUUCACUCUAC